AUGGAUACUUUAGUUUCGCCUUUUCAGUCGGCUUUUGUUGCUAAUCGUCAGAUACAUGAUAAUAUCGUAAUCACUCAUGAAAUUCUGCACUCUUUUAAAAGGAAGAAGAAGAAUUCUAAAAAUGGGCACUUAGCUAUUAAACUCGAUCUUUCAAAAGCUUUUGAUAGAUUAGAGUGGUCCUUUAUUCUUGCUGUUUUUAAAAAACUUGGUUUCUCUGAAGAAUGGUGUCAAAUGAUUCAACAGUUUAUUAGUACGGUCUCAUAUUCAGUAUUAGUGAAUGGUUCUCCUGGUGAAACCUUUCAUCCUUCUCGGGGCAUCAGACAAGGUGAUUGUCCGCCUUAUAUUUUCAUUCUUUGCAUGGAAGUCUUGUCUCAGUUGCUCUUAAAAGCUGAUGAAGACAAAUUGAUACAAGGCUUCAAGUUCAAAAAGAAUAGUCCAUCUAUUUCUCAUCUAUUUUUCGUCGAUGAUUGCAUGUUGUUUGUCAAGGCUUCUGUCACUUAUGCUAAGAAUCUGCUUAAAAUUAUUAAUGUUUUUGCUAAUGCUUCAGGUCAGGCAAUUAAUUUUGAAAAAUCAGGGUUUAUAACUAGUGGUAAGAUGCAUCAUAAACACAUAAAUUUUUUAUCUAAAACCCUCAAAAUGAAAUUUCUUAGUAAUUCAGAAAAAUAUUUAGGUACUCCCCUUUUUAUUGGUAAGGAUAAAACUACUUCAUUUAAUUUUCUUAUUGAAAAUCUGUAUUCUAGAUUGGGCUCCUCUAAGAAGUCCAAUCUCAAUGUAGCUGGGAGAACAGUAGUCACUAAGCAUGUUUUGUGUAGUAUGUCUGUUUAUCAUAUGGCAUGUUUCCCUCUUCCGAAAACUGUCACUUUUAAAAUUGAUUCCAUUCGGCGUGCUUUCUGGUGGUCAAAAAAGAAUUCGAAGAGGGCUGCGUAUUUUCGAUCUUGGGGUGAUAUAGGAAAAUCUAAACUAAAUGGUGGUUUAGGUAUUAUGAACACAUAUGCUACUAAUAGAGUCUUUAUCUGCAAGCUUGGUUGGAGGAUUUUGAACAAUCUGAAUAUCUUACUUUCUUCUUUUACGAAAGACAAAUACUUUCCUAAUCAAAAUUUGUUAGAAAUCGACAAAGCUGCUAAUUCCUCCUCAUGGAUCCGGAAAGGUAUUGUUAAUGGAUUACAUUUCAUUAAAUCCAACUCUGUGGUCAAAAUUAAUAAUGGAGUUUCUUCUCGUAUUUGGUAUUCUAACUGGAUACCCGAAAAAUUAAAUCCUCCGGUGCCCAGACAUCCUUCUCAUAUUAACUAUGUUUUUGUUAGUGAGCUUUUUGAUAUUCAGAAUGGUUGUUGGAAUGUCAGUCUGUUAUCAACUUUGUUCUUGCCGGAGGAUAUAACUAGGAUUAGGUCAAUUCGAAUCAACCCUAAUAUGAGUGAUAAGUUUAUGUGGUCCCAUACUAGGAAUGUUGCAAGACACAUUUGGUUUGGAGUUUCUUUACUUCAUUUAAUAUCCCCGGAUUUGGAUUGGAUCGAUGACUACUUUCUGUAUUGGCAUAAUUCUGAUCUGGGUGAAUUUCCCUUUAAUGUUUCUUGGCCUAGCAUAGGUACUAUUACUAUGUGGUGUAUUUGGAAGCUACGGUGUGAUGUGAUCUUUAGAAAUGCUUCUAUUGAUCUGAAUAAGGUCAUCUUGGAUACUAAGAGAAUGUUUAACACUUACAUUUCUCCUCGCAUUAGUCCUGCUGAUGUGUCUAAUGAUAUUAAGAUCCCUAUUGCUGAAGUGGAUCAUUUUAUGUUUGUUAAUGGCUCUUUUAAAGACUUUGAUAUGGGUUUGGGUGUUAUUUGGUUUGAUGUUGCAGGAAAUGUAAGAAGUUCUCGUUCGGACUAUGGUUUGAUUCCAAAUGCAGUAGGUGCUGAAGCUGCUGCUCUAAUUUUGGCUAUCUCUUGGGAAGAAGAGAUGAAUCUUUCCAGAGUCGUCUUUGUUAGUGACUGUCUUCAACUUGUGCACUUCAUUAAUGGAGUCAAUUCUAAUAUUGCUUGGAGAAGUAGUGAUUUACCAGAUCAAUGCCGGAGUUUAAUUUCCAGUUCAGUUUCAUUUAAAAUCAUGUACAUUAAGCAUGUGUAA